ACUCAGUCAUGGCAGGUUCAGGCAGCACUUGGCCAUCAGGCAAGCCUCUGUUCAAAGUGGUCCUGAUGGUCCUAGUGGCACUCAUCCUCCUCCACUCAGCAUCAUCUGAGCAUCCUCGAGACUUUGUGCCACCACACCAGCAGAAGAGGGAGGUCCCAGUUGAUCUCUUGACCCAGAUAGGUCGGUCUGUGCGGGGAACACUGGAUGCCUGGAUUGGACCAGAGACCGUACACCUGGUUUCAGAGACCAUGUCUCACUUGAUGUGGGGCAUCUCCUCAUGGAUCUCUGUGGCCUUCUUUGCUCUGUCUGGGAUCACCGCACAGCUGCUGAAUGCCUUGGGGCUAGAUGGAGAUCACCUCACCCAGGUCCUGCAGCUCAGCCCCAGCCAGGUCCAGACCUUCCUGCUGUGGGGAGCAGGGGCCCUGGUAAUCUACUGGCUUCUGUCCCUGGUCCUCGGCUUGGUCUUGGCCUUGCUGGGGCGGAUCCUGUGGGGCCUGAAGUUUGUCAUCUUCUUGGUUGGCUUUGUGGCCCUGGUGAGGUCGGUGCCCGACCCUUCCACCCGGGCCUUGUUCCUCCUGGUCUUGCUGACCGUCUAUGCUUUGGUGAGCCGGAUCACUGGCAGCCGGGCCUCAGGGGCACAACUGGAGGCCAAGGUUCGGUCUCUGGAACGCCAGGUAGAGGAGAUGCGCUGGCGGCAGAGGCGAGUGGCCAAGGGAACCCGGGGCAUGGAGGAGGAGUGAGAAGGAUACCUGACAACGCCACUGCCACCUUUGUCAUACCAAAGAGCUGAGCUGCUCCUGGGUCACUGGCCCUCCUUCCAGCCCCCACCUGUGUCUCGCCCUGUCUCUGAACCUUCAGAACUUUUAUCUCUGUAUCCCCCAGCUGAGAGGGAGGAAGACCAUUCCCCCUGCUGGGCCUCUGUCUGAGAUUGGUUCUCUUGCCCCUUUCUCUGCUCCCAGCCUGUGUCACCUAGGGCAGCUUGGAAGGCACCCCUAUCCCCCCAGCUCAUGCAUCGGUUCUCAGUGAACAUCACUGCCACUGGCCUCCUGUGACUCUGCCACCACCUUGCCUCCCUGCUGAUGCUCUUGCUCUCUUGUCCUUUUGCUUCUCCUUUGCCAAGUUCCAGCUCUCUCCCCGUUUGUCUCCUUCCAGCCCUCUGCUCCUACCAAACCACUGUCCCUCAAGGCCUGCUCCUGUCCCCUUCAUUGCCCAGGGGGGAAAGAGGCAGGCCAUAUGGGACCUGUGGGGAAGGGAAGUGGGGACAUUCCCCCACGGGGCUGGGGGCAAGAUGUACAUUGAGUCUGUAACAAGUGCCUUAAAAUCCGAGCCAGCAGGCCCUGUGCUUGCCUGCUGCUGUACUGUGUGAAGGAAGGCAUGCUGUGGCUGCUUUGUGUCAAGGAGUGGUUCCUCUCAGGAUCUUGAUUUCCCUUCAGCCAAAGCAAGAGACAGCUGCUUUGUAGGCUGUGCCUGCAAGUAGGACCAUGCAGUGGCCAUCAGUUCCCCUGUGGGGACUUCAGGGACCUGAGGAAGAAGGAGCUCCUUGUCAGCAGAGCUCCAGGCGGGUCUCCAUCUCUCUCUCCACUCACUGCCACCAAGGAGCUGCUGAUCAAAGCCCACUCCAGUGGCCUGGGAGGAUCAUGGAGCAGACACACCAGAGAUGGCACCACAGCCCCUUCCCUUCACAUGCUCUGCGGGAGCAGGGACCAGGGCUCCCAUUCUUCCUUUGAGGCUCUGUUGGAGGUGGACAUCCUCCUCUGCCAGGCUGGGCACAUGACGCACAUGACAUGAAGAAUGAAUAAAUGCCCAGUUCUUACUGUUACGGUUUGAUGUGGAAUCACAGCUGCAGUGAUAUAUAUUUUUAUCAGCGCUUGGUUGGUUUUAAAUAAAGUGCACGCUAUUUUAUUA